AGCUAUUAUCAUCGUCGCAGUUCGGCGAUACGCAUCUAGGCGUCAAGGCGUUUUUUCUUUCUCCGCCAAGGUGAUCGAAAUAAUAAGCACGUUUCGGCUAAAUAUAUGUCAUCGCGCUCGCGCGAUAUGUGAUUUAUUUCUAUAUCGUCGAUAUUUUUUUUCGGUUCGACACGUCACUGUCCGAUCGCAUCGCGCUCGCUUCUCUCUCACCGGUCGUCGUUUAUUAAUCGCGUCCGAUCCCGGCGGUCUCAGAAAUAGCAUACGUGUUGCUCUCGCCGAUAUUCGUUCUCGCGAAACGAAGGUGACGGCCUCCAGAUUCGUCGUUUUAAUGCGGUUCGAUAUAAUGCGCGACAACAAUUCGGAAGUGACCGCUGAUGUCGACGAGUUACGCGUACACGUGUUUCCACAGUGGAUCGAGCACGAUCCGGGACGUCGUCUCGACGUUAAUAGGUAGAUCAUCAAUCGCGGGGACGUGUGCUCGAGCAACGUUAUGUAAAUUGCUUGUCGCGACACUCGACAAUUCUGGUUAACGAUGACACUGAUGACUGCCACCAGCUGCUUUUAAUCAGAAAUUGAUCGUUCGGAGAUAAGUUCAGUUUCGAAUAUUGCCUGAGAAGAGCAGAUCGCGACGACGUAUGCGACCACGGUCAUGGUCUUGAGCGAAACAUUUACGGACUCCAGCUUCUUGGCCAUCGCAUCGUUUAAAUUUAAACCGCUUGUUACGCAGUCCCGACCUUCGACCAUGGUGGGUGGUCGUAAGGUGAAGCUCGCGACGAGCAACGGAACCACCGCCAUGUCUGUGGUCACCGGCGACGUUACUGGAAGCGACAACAACGUCGUUGUCUCCACUGUACAACCGACCACCACUCAGCAAAAAGUCCGACGGAUCCUUGAGGAGCAGGCCAGGUGGCGAGAAAACGGCACACGCAGACGCACGAAGUGCACAUCGGGCUCUACGUGCGUUAACAACUACAGCAUCGUCGCCUCUAGGGGCGAACUUGCUCGAAAUAACUGCGUCGCGAGUGAAACAACUACUUUUACCAAGAAACGAUCGUCCUCGAUUGUCAACGGGAGAAUCCACUCCAAGGAAGAAAUCGCUCGCUCCGACGUUGCCGUCGACGAGAAGUCAAGGAAGUCGAAGGACGCGUCGAAGAAUCCGAGAUCGAACAUUCAAACACGAGGAAUAAUCAAAUCCGCUUCCGUGCCGAAGGAUUUGAAGGAAGGUCUUUCAACCAGGGAGAGAACAUUGCAACGGGUGCCGGAAGAAGGUAUCCUCAAGAGAUCUUCCGCUUUUCUGGCGAAUCUAACGCAUCAUCCCUCCGCUAAACUUGCCGAUUGCGCUUCCUCGUCCUCGAAGCACUCCGGUCUGAAAGGAUACUUUUCGAUCCUGACAAACGGCGAGGACGCGCACUCGCAGCGUCUGCAGCAGUCGAGCAGCGUUCAGACACUAUCGUCGAGCUGGAAGAAGAAGGACGUCGGUGUGAAGAAAUCAGUUUCCUUCAGCUCCGACACCAGCUUCGAGGAGAAACGCACGCCACAUCGAAAGUCUGCCGUUCACGAGGCCAAGAUCUAUCGCAAAGGCGUGCUUCAAGACCGCGUGCGCGAAGAGACGACUAAAACAAAAGUGCCGCCGUCGUGGGAAAUACCCUCUGGGGGCCCUACGGCCCUUUUGAGGGCCGCAAGAGAAGCGGACGACAUCGGUCUCAAGGAAAUCGUAGCGCAGGCCCGAAAAGUAGGACUGAAAGGCAUGGACGUGAACGUAGUCGAUGGCAGCGGGAGAACGGCCAUAAGCUACAUGGCUGGGAACGGAGCGGCAGCGAUGCUGGAACUGGCACUUUCUUUCGAAGGCGUGGACCCGAAUCUGCCUGACAACGAGGGAAACACGCCGCUUCACUUUGCCGCCCAGGCCGGACAGACCGAAUGCCUCAACAUCCUUCUUCAGAGAUGUCCGGAUAUCGAGGUGGACGCCAGAAAUACCUUGGGCUUCACGCCGCUAAUGAAGGCUGCCCUUCAAGGUAGAACAAAAUGCGCGAAGAUACUCUUGUUCGCCGGUGCAAACCCAACAUUACGUGAUCACGGUAGGGGCCUGAGAGCCGAGCAGUGGGCGAGGUUUUGUGGCAGGUAUGUGUGCGCCGAAGUGAUCGAGAGAUUCGCCAGACACCGUCUGUUGGAGAGGACAACGUCCUGUCGUUGGGGCAGCGAGCCCGAAUUGGCUGCGAAAGUGUUACAAGGAAAGGUAACGCCUAUACCUACGACGCCUAUGCCACAACCCUCGGGAUUGAAGUCGAAAAUAAGGAAAGUCUUCCGCACCUCUUCCAGUCCCGAUCGGACUUUUUCUCUAGUAUCACAACUCACCAGCGCGGCUCUGUGCGCGAGCAGUCCUGCGUUGCCGAAACCGUCACCCGUUGUCAAGAGUCUUUUACGACCACUGAGCGUUCCCCAGUUGAGGGUGACGUUGGUUUCGCCACAGGACUUUUUAGAAAAGACCUCGGAUAAGUACGGGUCGAGUUUCACGGAUAAGAUCGAGAACUCCAUCCCGAAGCCGCCGCGCUCGAAGAAAAAGAGCAAGUAGUCUAACGUAAAGUUUCCGCGCGGCCGCGAACACGUGCCGCAGUUAGUCGCCCGCUUCGCGUUGAACAAUCGUGAAGGAAAAUUACGCAAGUCUGCUUGACGUAAAGACAGCGAGAUGAAGAAGAGUGUUUAUGAUCUUCCGAUGAUCGUUUACGUGUUAUCCGAUUCCACACACCGUUGUUGUGUCCGUGGCCGAUCGACCGACCGGAGCCUUCAAGUAGAUCAUACACGGAAAAAAAGAUUUGCUAGAAUAGCAAGAAAUUAGUUAUUAUAUGGCCAGCAAAAAAACAUUUGUUAA